AUGGCCACCGCCGGCGCCGAGGGCCCCGAAGGUGGAGAGGCACGUGGUGGGCGCCGGCACCGUACCAGCGACAGCGUGGCGUCGAUGACAUCGGCGAGCACCAUGCGGUCGGGCGCGGGCACGAGCUCCACCGACACGAUGCAGAUGGUCCGGCUGCGCUCCGCGAAGUCGAGAGUGUCCGCCGAGUCCGCCGGGGAGCGGAUCCCAGAGACGGAGGCCAUCAUUGGCGAAGCAUCAGGCUUCAGUCCGACGCUCAGGACGGAAAAUACCUUGGACAGCCUUCCCGCGCUCAGCACGAGCGUGACGCCGAAGAGGCUGACGAACGACGAGGUGAUCGGCAACAACACCGCCAGCGCGCUGAAGGCGAGGCACUUGCAGCGGAGCAAGUCGAUCUUCGUGGGGAGCUACGACUGCGCGACCCCAGACGACCAUCUCCUCUUCUCGAGGGCCAUCGGCCUGCAGGAUGACGCCACAUCACCCACGUCCAUGAACGGCAGGGGAAGCCUGCUAUCCUCGGACUCCUCGCGGAACACGCCGACCAAGCAGAGGCAGUCCGACCUGUGCCGGCCCCAGGGCGCGCUGGGCCCCAGGCCGCGGAGGCGGAGCGACGAGAACCUCCAGCUGCGUCCCAGCCGCCUGUCUGUCAGCAGCCUCUCGUCCGACGGUUCGGUCGGCAGGCUGAACAACCCGGACAAUUGGGGCUCCACUAAUUCUCAAGACGUUGACUCGUGCACCGUCGCUGGCUUCUUCCGGCCACUCACGUCCUCGAGGGCCAUCAAGAAGCAGCACCUCGACUUCGGGCGGAUCGCGAGCCAGAUCUUCACGCUGACGAGGGACGGCGCCGCCGGGCUCGACGCCGCCGCCGUGGAGCAGCGGACCAGGUGGAACUGCAGCCACCGCUGCGCGUGCUGCAGGCGUUGUCCGGGGCGCGCGCGCUGCGGGUCUUGGUGGAAUCGCUUGCAGAUGGUCUGCAGGAACUCGGAGGCAGCGGGUUGUUCACAGCGUUUUUCUUGGCACUGA